AUGGCAACAACCUCUCCAGAGCUACAAUUUGAGAAGCUUUGGCCGGACGACUCUAUCAUCACAUUUGAGUCCUUCGACCUUCCAACUUCCAACCAGCGUAUCCUCGGACCACCGCAUCCCAAGAACACAGUUAUCCCGCUUGCACUACGACCUGUCAAGGCCGAUUACAAGGCAACUCUCGAUACUGUGCUAGAAACGAUUAAAAAUCUCCAAGCGAAAGACGGUAUUUUGACUAAGAAACUCGCACGGCAUGGCACGCUGCUGUUUCGCGAUCUACCAAUCCAGAACGCAGAUGACUUCAGCAAAUUUGCACACGCAUUCGGCUACAACCCCCACGAGAUUAUUGGCAUUGUCGUCGAUAGACCACUUCUCGCGUCAAAUGUUGCGCCCGCCAACGAAGCGCCCAAGGAGGUCCCAAUAUACAGCCACAACGAGUCGCCGCAAGUACCGCAUGCGCCCGAGUACAUCUUUUUCUAUGGCCAUCGUGCGCCGUUGAGGGGUGGGGAAUCACCUAUCUCUUCUUCAUUGGAAUUGUUUAACCGCGCACAGCAAGAGAUCCCUGAGUUUAUCGCCGAAGUGACGGAAAAGGGAAUUUUGAGCCAAGUGACCUAUCGAGUGGAGAAGCAGUUUGAAGGGGGAUCCACACUAAAGCAGGCCUUUGGCAAGGAAAUUCAAGAAGGAGAUGACGAAGAAACAAAACGCCGCAAAAUAGAAGCCCAGAUUGCCCGCUACGGCAGAGGGGAGCAUACGACAUGGGAGUGGACUGACGAUGGGCUGGUCUUGUCGCACCGGCUACCUGUUGUCCGAACACAGCCCGGUACGAACCUGCCGACUCUUUUUACUGGGCUGGCGGCGUAUUGGAAACGUGCACAGUUUGAUGUCGAGGUGCGGAAGAAGGUCACGCAACAGCUCUCUUUGGAGAUGGGACGCCUAUUCCUGAAAAUUAUCUUGAACAACUGGCAAAGAUUACAGAAGAGAUUCGGGUUCUGCACCAUUGGCAAGAGGGUGAUGUGUUGGUUUACGAUAACGUCGUUGCUCAACAUGGCAGAGAACCGUGGCAAGGCGAGCAAUCCGAUCGGGUUAUUCUAG